AUGAUAAUGAAUUGGAAAACUAGUCAUAAUAUCUUAUACAUUAUUCUUUUCAAGAUUUUCAUAUCGAAAUUGGAUUAUUUUUUUAUUAUAUAUACAAUAUUAUUAUCUUUAUCAUCAUUGGAUUACAGUCAAGAGGAAAUAUAUAAUGAAAAUGGAUUGUCUAUUCAACAACAUCAGAUUAAUAGUUAUUUAAAAGGUCCAGAAAAUCAAUCUGUUCUAUUUAAUACAAAUACUAUUAUGUCUUGUAGAGUUUAUUAUAAAAAUUAUAAUAUUUCUAAAUUGAGUAUAUUUUAUGAAGAUUAUUUAAGUGUACAAUGGAUUAUAGAUGGUUUUGGUGUAAAUAAUGAAAGUUUAAAAGCUGUACACGGUGAUAGAUAUUCUAUGCCAGGACCUAUUGAACAAGGUAACUUCGACUUACGAAUUAGGAAUGCACAACUUGAAGAUGAAGCAAGUUUUAUUUGUCAAGCAAACAUCAAAAUAUAUUCAAAUUCAGGAUUACCGCCACAAUUGGACACGAUUACUAGUAAACCUGCUUAUUUGACGGUUAUAUAUCCUCCCUCUGAACUCACUUUACUGCAUUUACCAGAGGGUCAAACGUUAGCCACUAUAAAUCCCUUGAGUAUACCUUCUAACAAGCAUUCACCUACCUAUACCAAUGGUUUAAAAGAAAAUCACUAUUCAACAGAAGAUUUAGGUCAAAUAUUUGAUCGAGAUCUCAGUCGUAUAGUUGCUGAUGAUCCUGAAAGUGAAUCAUCCUUUGGAAAUAGUAAACAAUUCAUUGAUCCCCUUAGUCAAAUAACUGAUGAACAACAAAUUUCACAGAUGUUGACCCUAAAACCAAUAGCAAUUAAUCAAAUCGCACCUAGUCAGCCAACUUUUAUACACAAUUCAAUUCCUAAGUUAUGGAUUCCUGAAAAUAAACAUUUAGUUGUAGCCUGUCGUAGUUCUCCAUCAAAGCCUGCAACUUCAAUUCAAUGGCAUUUAGCUGGUACAUUACUGAUCAAACAUCCUGAUUUAAGCAAAUAUUUUGAACAACAUUCAGAAAGCGACCAAAGCAACAAAUCAUAUUUUCUCUUUAAUGACCAUAAUCAUUUAUUUCGUUACUCAAUUGAAGAGAAAGUAGUCAAUGUAUCAGACAAGUCACUACGCAAAGAUGAUAGAACGCAUGGAUCCGAAAUUUUUGUUAGUACAUCUGAAAGAAAUUCAGCUGAUGAUGUACAAAUGCAAGUUACACAGAGUCAACUUACAUUAUUCAUUGAAAGAAAAUAUCAACAUUGGCAAUUGGAAUGUGGUGUUAGCAAUCCAGAAGACUUUAAACCAGCAAAACUGCCGACUAUAACUGCAUCAAUUGAACCAAUGUAUAUUGAAAAUGUUAAAAUACGCAUUGUCAACUACACGGACCAAGUACAUUUUAGAGAAGAUCAAUCUGUCAACUUUGAAUGUAUAACUAAUACAAAUCCAAAAUCACCACUUUAUAGUUGGACAAUUGGAAAUUCAGUUCCUUCAGUGGAGUAUGAAACGUUAAGUUUCAUUCUGGAUAGUCAAUCAAACACAAAACGAACUAUUGAUAAUGAACACGAACAUAGUUUAAUUGGUAUACAAAGUGAUGCCAACACUUUAGAAUUAACAGUUAACAGAGCAAUGCAUCAAAAACGUAUCCGAUGUUGGGUUGGCGUUGAAUCACCGGAUUUAAUGUAUCAAAUAACAAAUGGUUCUUUACAAGGUUUUCUAUCGAAUAAAGAUUCAUCUUGUGUAUCUGAUUGUCGAAAGUUGAGAAAUUCACUGAGGAAAAGAUUAAAAAAUAUGAUAUGGGCUAAAGGUGACUAUCGUUUGGAUAUAAUGUAUGGUCCAGCUUUUUUGAAUCCAAUGAAUGAUUUAUACUCCGGUGAAUUAGGACAAAUUGUAAAUCUAGAAUGUUCAGCAGACUCAAAUCCUGAACCAAAUGUAUUCUGGUACUAUAUUGGACCUGAAGGACAAACUCUUCUUGAAGAUUUGACAAGACAGGAACUUAAUCAAUAUCAACAUGAUCAUUUUUUACAAAAACGUUCAUUGAUAAACAAACAACAAUCUAAGCAUAUUAUGUGGAAUAGUGAAACUGAACUUGUGGAAUUUAAUACAAGUGUUUUGAAAUCUGCCAUUUUUUUCUCAUGGAAGAAAGAAGUAAUGGAGGGUACUAUUCAAAAUAUAGUAGAUCUAAUGAACCGUUUCUUAUCAGAAAUAUACAAGAAAUUAUUAACUUCUAAAGCUAAACAUGUUUCACAUCAACUACACUUAUUAAGUCAUGCAAAUUUUGGUUUUUAUGCAUGUAUUGCUCAAAGUCCUGGUUAUCCAGCUAUAUAUCGUGCAAUCUACGUCGGACAGGCAGAAUCACCAAAAGUUGUAAAGGUUGAUCAAUGGAUUGGAUAUGAAGAUAAUUCAGCAAAAUUAUUCUGUUUAGUAUAUAGUAUCCCUAGACCAACGGUUCAUCAAAUAAUUUGGUCAAAAAACGGAAUUGUUAUUAAACCAGAUAAAAGGCUUCGUAUUUACCAAGAGAAAACUCAUCGAGGCGCUACAAGUGUACUGGCUUUUCGAAUAUUACGCUCAAAUGAUUUUUCUUCAUAUAACUGUACAGUGUUUAAUGAUUAUGGAUCCGACUGGAAAUUGAUUACACUGUCGCACGAUAGCAAUUGGCCACUGACAUUCGCCUUUGGAAGUGGACUUGCUACACUACUGGCUGCGGUAUUUGUUACAGUGAUUUGCUGUUUCACAAGAUAUGCUCGAAUGAGACGCACCAACUCAAAGAACCAUUUAAAACUGCACAAAGAAGAUACUAACCAGAGGAAUAAAGAAAAUGAACAGAUAAACAGUAAUAUAGAAAUGAAAUCAAUGUUGAACUUUAAAUCUUUACCAUUUGAUUUUAUCAACUCAAGCUAUAGGGAAGAUGCCAUUCAAAGCAGUCAGGAGUAUUGUCCUGUUGAAAGUCAAUACAAAUCUGAUAGUGGAAUUUCUAAUAAUGAAGGUGGAGUUGUAAAACUAACAAAUCAUAAUUUCAACUCUACUAACAUUCAGAUUUCUGAAGGUAAUGAAAGUACAGAUUUUGUAAAAGAAAAUUAUAUCAAUUGUAUUACAUCUUCAUGCCCAGAAGAGACUAUUCUUCUACCUAGAUUUUAUUCAUUAACUGAAAAACCAAUAUCAUCUUCUAUGAACAGUUCAACUGAUAAUCAUUAUCAUAAUCCAUACUGUGAAAUUCAAUCAACAGAUCAUCAACUGAACUCAACUAUAAACAAUAUAUCUUAUUUGAAUACAUCCAAUUAUUCUGUGAAUAUUAUUCCUAGUAUAAAACAUUCAGAUAUGACAUCUAUAGUACAUACUAAUUCAUGGACUUUAGAUACAAGAGAUUCAUUGAUUUCUUCGCCUCCAACACUUCCAUCUUUAUCAUUACCCUAUAAUAAUGAAUCAUCUUUACAUCCUAUUUUUCUAAUGACAUCCAACUUAAACUAUUCGCCAACAAUGAAUCAACAUUCUAUUAAUUCUAGUAGUACAACUGUAUUAAUUCCACCAGUAAUUUUUGAUACAUCAAAUAGUCAAAAUAUCUUAUAUAAUCCUUGUAGUCCAUCUACGAAUACCUCAUUUUUACUUAAUACUAAUAAUAAUAUUAUCCCAGAUAUCUCUAUUAUACCAUUCAAUGAGAAUCAUUUUCAACAAGAGAACCAUCAACAACAGGAAGAAUAA